UAUGCAACUGAAAAGUCACUUGACAAUCUUAUCACAGUUCUUCAAGCCCAGUCUCUGUCUAAACCUAUUGCUCAGCUAUUCUGGCAACUCAUCAUUCAAGACCAGUAUGUUGACUUUUCAAAACUUUUUGCUUCAAUAGACCAAGGAUAUGAUCACAAUGAGGAGGCAAAAGAGCUUAUGGCAGAAUAUACUAUUAUCAGAAAGAACAUUUUAUCUGUCAAGAAGCCUCUCAGAUCAGAAUCUGACUGGUGCAGAGUGUAUGAUAUCUGGGCUAGAGGUGUUUAG